GUCGAAGUGACGCCUGAAUAUGAUCAAUAUGGUGAUCCCGUUGCUAGUCCAGUAUCGACACUGCCUUGCACAAAAGGAGAACAGCAUAACGCAUAAACCAUAAAAGUUCACCUGGAACAGUAUACCUCCUUUUUAAUUUGUACAGUGUGAUAUAUUAAAAUAUAUAAAUAACAACCCAUAUACUUUUUUUUUUUUGCGGGAUAAACACUAUUUAAUCAAGCAUUUUUACUAUUGAUAAAUUGGAUUCACAUUGUAAUAUAUAAACCCGUAAUCCCCGUUCAAUAUUUUCUUCUUUCCUUCAUUCUUAUAUCGAAAGAUGACCCGAAAUACUCUCCCUCUUUUACUUGUAGCUAUCGUCUGCUUGACGACAAUUCAAGCUCAACAAGAACAAGCUAUUGAUCAUGCAAAAGACAUGCAAGACAACUCUAAGCAAGCAAAGCAGCAAAAGAACGCUGAUAAUAAGGCAGCAAAAGCCGCUGAAAAGGCUUCAUCAGCAAAGACUCCUUCCGAUAGUCCCAUUGCUUUGGCCGCCGGUGUCCCUGCUUCCGUAGCAGCAGCUGCUGCCAUUCCUCAUCCCUACACUCCCGGAUCUGAUGCAAAGUCUGUGGCCAAGAAGGCUGAAAUCGAUGUCAAGCUUGCUGAUGACGCUGAGGAGAACACCAAGUCUGCUGCUAAAACGGAUAAUAUCAAAUCGAAAUCCGAAACGGAUAUCAAGUCUGCUGCUGCUAUUGCAGAACAGGAUACCAAGUUUGACGCAAAGGCCACCGACUCUUCUGUUAUUGAAGCUAAUGUAGUUUUGGAACCUUCUACUAAAGCCAUUGACGCUGAACCCGCUGCUAUCGCUCCUGCAAUUGACACUGCUUCAGAUACUGCCCCUGUCACUGCCAAGGUAGACACUGCUCAUCCUGUAGCUGACAAGGAGACUGUCCCUACUACCAAUGCUAAACCUGCAGAUAUUGCUUCUAAGCCUGUAGUUGUAGUACCCGCUGCCAAUGUAGCCGAUCUCAAUCAUCCCAUCGCUAAGCCUGCGGUUCAACCUGUACUUGAAGCCACAUUGAACCAACCUAUUGCUCACGAAGAGGAAAGUAGUAAGCCAAAAAGUGUUCCAGCUGUUGAUCACUCUCGUAAUGUUGUUUCUCAAGUACCUGUUGCUGUGGUUGAUUCUAAUUCCGUAUCUCCAGUUAAUAUUGCUGCUGAAGUUCCUGUAGCCUCUGUAGGUGAUAAACAAGAUACUACUGCUGCUGUUACUGCACCCGGCGCUAAAGAUAAAGUACAAGCGACAAAUGUGGUUGCAGCUCCUUUGAUCCCCGUUACUACAAUCACACCAUCCAGUGAACCUACUUCAACAGUUAGUAUCCCCAACACCGAGGUUAGUAGUAGCCCUGUUGCAACCUCUACAGUAGUGUCUACAACUGCACCUGUUACAAGAUCAAACGGUUCAUCGAGCAUGCCAUCCAGUAUGACUUCUGCUUCCAGUACACAUAGUAUGAACAGAACCACCACCGCAACUGCGUCUAGUACAACGACGAUUCCUCCUAUGUCAUCGGGUGUAUCCAUGUACGAUUGUAAUACACACCUUUUAGGUUUUGCAUUGAUCGCAUUCCUGUUCAUGAUUUAUCAGGCAUAAAAGGACAGAUAAGAAUGAUUUCGGUGUUCUUUUUAGCAAUUUAUCAUAUAGUAUAGUUAUCCACACACACACACAUAUUAUAUCAAAAAAAAAAAAAAAAAAAUUAAAUAAAAAAGUAAUGCUAUCGGUAGU